AUGAGCACACAAGACAUCGUGACCGUCAGGUCCUUCUUGCCUACUAUCCCGCUCCCAGGGAACAAGGACCGACCAGACAUUACAACGAGUCGAUUGAUCAUCCGCGCUCUCAAAGCAGGCGACCUAGAAGCAUUGCAUUCUCUGCGCACUCAAGAACCAGUCAUGAAGUGGACCAAGGCUGGCUGCAUCGACCAAAAUAUCGAGCAGAGCAAAGCAAAACUGGAUCCUUUCCUGGCCCCCAAUGAUGCUAUCACCGCCAACUGCGCUAUCUGCCUAAAAGACACGGGUGAAUUCAUCGGCAUCGGUGGAUGUCAUCUCUAUCCUGGAGACCACGGCUGGCCCGAGGUGGGGUAUAUGCUCCGAACUGAGGCUUGGGGACAGGGCAUCGCCACGGAAUUUCUCAGUGCUUGGCUUAAGUUCUGGGCGGGACUCCCUCGAACGGAGAGGGAGAUUGAAGUCCAAAAGGAUAUGGUGGAUAGCGAAGGUGCAGUCGAGGAGCAGCUCAUUGCCAUCACGGAAAAGAGCAAUGCCCCGAGCCAGAGAGUCCUUAUCAAGGCUGGAUUCCAGCGCUUUCGGGAUUUCACUGAAGUGGAUGAUUCCAAAACUAAGAGUCUUGUUGCUUUUCGCUUCUUCCCAUCGAAAGGAAUAAGAUCUGACGGUGUUUGA